AUGGUUGCUGACACUACAGAUCACAAGGUACAUUUCGUGCAGUCGGAUAUUUCGCUGUACGAGGAUUCAUCUCUUAUAGAUACUGGAACAGUGAAAAUAACUGAAAGUUGCUUUUCAUGGGAAGGCACAGCACUACAGUUUUUCAUUCCCUACUUACAAAUUGCAUUGCAUGCAAUUGCAAAGAAUACAAAUAACCAAACAGGAAAUAACGUGUUCCCUCAUCCGCAUUUAUUGAUAAUGGUUGAGGGAGAUCGAGUUUGGGACCCAAACAAUGGAAGUGAGUCGAAGCCAAAAAGUGAUGAAAAUGAAAUGGCAGUUGAUGAAACUGAAUCUCGAGAUGAGGAUGCGAGCGGUCAAGGCAAUCAUGAUGUAGAUUUUCCUAGUACUACAUCUGUGCUGCGUUUGGUUCCAUCUGAUUGUGCUCACUUGGAAGACAUGUUCAAAGCAAUAGCUGAAUGUCAAGCUUUAAACCCUCAUCCGGAAGAUGAUAACUCUGAUUUGGAUAGUUUAACAGAAGAUAAUGAAUAUGAGGAGAAUGAUGAUGCAGAAUUAGCAAAUCAUGCUUGUAAUAAUGGGACACAUUUCGAUCCAGAUCAGUUCGCUGAUGCAUAG